UCCACUGCCAGUUCCUGGCCCACCAGCCUCCAGUGCCCAGGUCUAAAGGCCGAGGGCUGAACCCACCGUGCCCUCCCCAGCCUGUCGCCGGUGGCCGGCUCACAGGCCUGCACCCAGAAGAGGAGGUCUGCAAGCAGCAGCCGCUCACACAGCAGCUCCGAAACGUGGCUGUGACCUCCUUCUGCACAGAGCAGCAGCUGCUCCAGGAAUCACCAUUCUUAGAAUUGCAAAGAACAAAGCAUCGUAGUUCACAGAAAUGCACUAGAGUUUAUUUUUUUUCAAUUUUUAAAAAAUAUUUAUUUAUGCAUACAAGAACUGGGGUACAGGCCAGAGGCGGGGUAUGUGUGAGAGGACUCCCCAGAGACAGAGCGGGGAGCAGAACAGGCGGAUCCACUGAAACACACUGCUGAGGGGAGCAGCGGGGAGGCAGGAGAGUCUGCUGCGCCCUGUGGGCAGCUCCCUGGCCGGGGAUCGAACACGUGCUGCAGAGGCUGCGGACAGCUUCACAGCUGCUGUGCUAAACCCCUUGCGCCACCAGGGAUGCCCCGAAAUGCACUCGAUUUUAUCACUUAUUUUACAUCUCGUCUUGGGAGCAAAUGUAUUUCAGGAUUUGCUCACUUGAAGUCCACACUCUGAGCAUUCGAUUCUGUUACACACAGAAGGUGGCAAAUGUCUCCUUUGAAAAUGAAUUUCUUUAACACUUCUCAACUAGUAGAAACUACGAGCUGGAAGAUCUCUAAUUAUAAGACGAACCUUUCAAUGCGAGCACUAAUGAAGCUGUUACAGGGCAGGAAGGGGCAGCCCAGGGCCCCCAAACCUGCCCGCUCUAAACAGGUUCUGCCGUCCGCCGCGUCAGGACAGCACUCACAGACCGCGGCGGGGAGCAGCGUCCGUGCAGUGAACGUGCAGCACAGAAAAGGGGAAGAAGAGCGUUUCCAAGCCCAGCACCCAAAGUCACCCGCCCCUCAGGGGGCCAGAACCUCAGGAGUCUCCAAGGCAGCACACCCCUCCAGCGCGGACUGUGUGGCGCCCGCAGAAGGGGCAGCACCCCCCUCAACACGCCAGGGCUCGGCGAGGGCCGCAGGGUUCAUGCUCCCGGACCCACCACGGACGGGUCGGGGCGCCUCACUGGCCUGCGGCGAGCUUGCGUCAUGGGAACUGAGGCCACGGACCCGAAACACGCCCAUCCAGAGUCUCUGACCCCAAACACAGCGUGCUGGGGCCUCCAGAGGCCUGGUGGCACGGUCAAGAUGUCCGGUCAGCAGCCAGGACAGGCUGCCCGCCAGGGCGGUGCUGGUGGACGCGGGGGCAGGACCCCAGAGAAAAGCGGAGGCGACGAGCUCGGCACAGACCUUACAGCACGCCACGCCGCACGUGGGCAAGGGCCUCCGAGCUGACUCUGGCCACAUGACCCACUCCCAGCUCUGGGAGAAGCUGGAGCUACCCACACGGCGCAGCAGACCUCUCCUGUCGCACCCGUUGCUCCCCUCAGCAGUGGAUUUCAGUCAGUCUGCCUGUUCUGCUCCCCACUCUGUCUCUGUAGGUCUCCCUGAGAGCACUGGCCUCUGGCCCAGAGAGGACCACAGCGUCCCGGGAGAGUCAGCACAGCAGCGCGAGGCCGAGGGGGCCCACACCCUGCCUUCCUCAGAGGCCCUCGUCACAGUCUUCCCGGCACUUUCCCCCGAAGAGAGAAUCUGUUCGAGGCCGUGUCUUGUAUGUGAGGUCACCCCGUCCUCCGCCAUCACCCUGCGGCCUGGCUGGCUUGUGCGGUACCCUGGGGUGCUGCUGGGCUGUGUCCUCACAGGGACACGCAGCGACGACGUGACCCCCACGGGUGCCGGACCCGCACACACUACUUCCCCUCGCGGUGGGAGAAGCCCCGACUCAUGCCUGCUCUGCUGUGGGGCGCCCCCAGUCCUCAGCCUCUGCGGGCGGCACACAGGGGCCGGCCGUCCUCAUGGGAGCCGUGCUGCAUGCGCCGUGGACCAUGAGGCUUAUCCUCAGGCCCAGCUCCUGGAGGCCUGCCCAGCCCUCCCGCCCCGGCCCCUGCUGCGGGAGCCUCCUGGGCAGCUGCCCCCCUCCCCCUCCCCCCCACCGGCUCCUGUCACGGGGGCGCGGCCAGGCCUGCUCGUGACCGCGUGUGUCAUCGCUUCUGGAGGGGCGGAGCCGACAGAGAAAGCUCGCUCCCCUCGGGCACGAAGCUCAGGCCGGAGCUCGCUGCUGCCUGUCAGCCCCCGGGGGCAGCGCGAACCCGUCCAGGCUGUGCCUCUGACAGGUGCUCGCCCACGCCCGGCCCCAUGGCGCUGCCUCCCUCCCGAGGAGCCGUUUUCUGAACCGAAUCAUUGUUAACUUUGCCCCUUUGUCGUCCAUGAGCCCGGUGCGGGGCGCAGAGGGUUCCUGUGCCGCUACCCACUCAGGUUUGUCCCCCCCACUCCCGGCCUGUCUGCCCUGUCUGCCCCCGCCGAGCCGGCCCCACGGGGGCGCCUGUCAGAGGGAAGACGCCGGGGCCUUCCACCUGCUGCCCCAGAAACGGCCCCUUGUCUCCAGGCAGAGCCUGCUCCCCCGCCCUGCCAGUGCCCCCGCCCCGGCGCGUCCAGGGGAGGCGCUCUCCGACGGGCAGACACCGGCAGGAAAGAUGGCUGACAGGCUGCCGACCUUUCCUGAAGAACAUUAGCUUGUCCCUACAGCGGACAUGAAGAAAACACCCCGAGGCGUCCCCGCGCGCAGCCGCCGCGCCCCGGGUGGAGGAAGGCUUUGGGAGCAGAGGCGGGCGGGCG